GCCGGCGCCAGACAGUGUUAGAUCAAUUACUUCUGACCCAUUCGCUUCGGCUCAAAACACCCGCAGGGAUCUGGAUCUACCAGGAUCUGAACAUGAAAGCCCUGAGUCUACCCAAGGCCGAUGGGACGCGGUUCUUCGACGACCUACCGUGGACUGUCACGAUCCUCUCACGGUAUCAGAGAACCUGUUUAUGCCUUUCUCGCUAACGUCUCAUGUCCCAAUGAAAGAGCUUUUGGAAAUGUUACCAUCUACUGACUGCCGUGACUACCUGAUAUCUCACUACUUCGCUCAUCUAUCUCCUAUGUUUCCGUUCUCCACGACCCGACAUUUCAAAAGGAGUAUUCCGCAUUUGUGCAAGAGCCUGACAAAAUCCAUCUUUCUUUUCUGGCGUUGAUAUUCAUGAUGUGCUCGAUGUCUCUGAACACUAUGGAAUCCGAUGAUAUCAUCGUCGGAGGGUUGUUGUCCCAGUCGCAAGACCACUUGACGUACUCGCUCCAGCUUCGAAACGCCGCCAUGACAUGCCUAUGCCAAGACCAUUUUCUGGUUCAUCACAAUCUCCACACCCUUCAGACUUUGUUACUGCUGAUAUAUACCAUCUGUCAUAAUGAAGGCGUCGAGCGCGCUUGGUCGUUACUGGGUAUGGGGUUGAAUAUCGCCAUGGCGCUUCGUUGUCAUGUUCAUUCCAACGACCUGAGCCACAUUGAGAUUGAACGACGCCGACGCUGCUGGUCUGGUAUAUUGACGCUCCAUACAUACCAAGCUAUUCUAUUCCGUGACAUCGACAUGUCAUUUCCUCUCAAUAUCAAGGCCACAAUGUCGGCCGAGGUCAUUGAUGUCGAUAUCCACGACGCACUCUCGCAGAAACGAAGCCUUCCCCCUAUGUCGUUGAUGAAGUUUAAGAUUCGUUUCUUUCAACUUUCCACCCGGAUCUGUGGUCAUAUCUCCGGCCCUUCGACGCUCAAUGAAGUGUCUCUACAUCAUUUCAAUAAGGCAAUUGCUGAAGAACAACAGCUAUGGGAUUCCACGUUUCUCGUAGACGGAUCCCCGAGCGUCUUGGAUUCCGCAAGUUAUGCACACUGGUGCAUCCUGCAGACCUACGCGCACCAGCUAUAUCUCGUCCUUCACCGACCAUUCCAUCACUCCCAAUCACCUCGGUUUCUUCCUGCAUCACGAGAAAAAUGUAUCGAAUCGAGCACCGCUCUGCUUGAUAUUCACCGGAUCCUCUGCGAGCUUCCCCGAUUCCGAUAUUACAAGUGGAUCGUUAACGGCAUGACAAGCUUUAAUGCCCUCCAUGGUGCCGUGGCAUUGGCAUCAUGCCUUCUGGAUAAGCCUGACUCGCUCGACAUGAAACCAUACUGGGCUGCCUUUGACGCGACCGUUCGCCGAAUGGAAGCUCUCCAAAAUCGCAGCCCAGUCUGUGCAAAGGCUUAUCCUAUUCUUCGACAUUUGCAGAAUCAAGUGUCUUCAGCGCACCGCCCACAGUCAGGUCCUGGUGACGACGCUGGAAACGGGUUGGAUGACUGGAUUAACGAUGUUGAUUGGUUUAAUCUCGAGUCGGCGCACUUGGACUUUGGGAUGGGAUGAAUAAAACGGGCUGAAGUUGUCCCUGCGAUUUGUAGUAUAAGAUCUGUUGAUGAUAGUGGGUCAGCGUAUGACAAUACUAAAAGGACUAGGUGGAGACAAUAGCAAUGAGCGUUAUAUCAAUGUCUAUCUAUCUAUCUCAAAGAUGAGAAAAAGGAGCGAAUCCGGAAGAGGA